UCCUACUUAACGGACGGAUUCGAUAUAAAUCGAUGCGAGACCCGACAGCAUCUCAUUUUCCAAUACGGAUGAACACCAUCAUGGUUGCUCUUGGUGCUCUUAAUUUCUUGUUCCUGGUUAUUGGAGUGUCGAGUGCGGCAAGUGUUAAAGAUGUCGACAAUCAGGGGACCGCGAGGGACCUUCGACGGGAACUGUUCCAAAACUACGACAAGCUAGUUCGACCAGUUAAGAAGCCUUCUACGAGCAUACCAUUUUCGGUCGAUCUGGCUCCUUUACAACUAAAUGCAGUGGAUGAAUACAAUCAAGUCAUUGUUUUGGACAGCUGGAUGAAACUGAAAUGGAGCGAUGAGUUUUUGAAAUGGGACUUGGACGAUUACAACAUUACCUCUUUACGCCUUCCAGCUUCUGAAGUUUGGAAGCCUGAUCUGGCUCUCUACACAGGCACGCCAGAUACUUCUCUCUUCCCAAUCACACAUACCCAAGUACUAGUAUACAACAAUGGAGACGUUCUUUGGGUCCCGCCGUAUACAAUCAAGUCAAGAUGUCCAAUGCCUGACCUUAAAAAGAAUCACAAGGGCGUCAUCGAAUGCUGUAUUAAAUUUGGUUCCUGGACUUACAGCGAAAACGAGCUCGAUUUGCAGUUGCUAUCGAAAAAGGUUGAUCUUACUAACUUCUAUGACAUCCAUCCUGAUUGGAAGCUGGUUCACGUGAUUUCUGAGCGAAAAUCAAAGAAAUACCCAUGCUGUGUCGAAAAAUAUCCUUCAGUGGAGUUUAAUAUCACCUUGCGCCGAAGAAUAUCAAAUCUUAUUGAUAAGAAGAUUUUUGAGUAGUGGAAUGAUUCGUGAAAUUUUCGUAAUUCACGCUCUUCAUUUUGCAACAAAACAUUACUUAGUUUUAUAAAGAUAUUUUUAAAGAGAUUAAAUAGAACAAUAUUUUGUGUACUUGAUGCAAAAACUGUUGGGAAUUUUUAAUGGAUUUAGAAAUAAAGAGCUCAUUA